CCACACUCCAUUAUUUUAGGUAGGGAAGUUAUUAGGGUUCUUACUUCUCGCUUAGAUCCAGCAAGGGAAGAGGAGCGCCAUCGUCGUCCCAGGCACUUCCAGGCUCAGGGCCUAGCGAUGGUGCUCGAGGAUUAGAGCUUGGAUCCUCAUGUCAAAGAACUGGAUGCUAAGAGGGCGCAAUUUUCCUGGCAAAGUUCUACUGUCGCGGAAGGCCGACUCUAGCUCUAAUGUGAGAGGGAACUCUUCGGAGAGUAGGAGUUCUGAUGAAGAUGGCCACUCGUUCUCGAGUGGAGCAGGAAGAAACCGGGAUUUGCAAGACAUCAAUGGCAACGAGCUUGGAAGCUCAUCGUCUGCUGGAUCACCGGGAGAAUCGUCAAGCAGGGAAGCCUCGGCGGAUGCUCCAAGGCCAGGCUCCGGUGGGCGAGCUACAGACACUGCUCGUGUUGCAAGAUUUAAGAAAGAGUUGGCUGCCUCGACUGUAAAUCUAGAUGCUUUGAGAGAGCUCUCGUGGAGUGGUGUUCCCGCUGACAUGAGGCCCAUGAUUUGGAGACUGUUGCUGGGUUAUUCGCCUUCCAAUACGGAUAGAAGGGAGAUGGUGCUUUCCAUGAAGAGACAAGAGUACGUCGAAGACAUUGCACAGUUUUUCGACAUACCCGAUGAGGAUCGCACUGAGGACGAGAUAAGAACCGUUCGUCAGAUUGCCGUCGACAUUCCACGGACGGUGCCGGAUGUUACUUUCUUCCAUCAGCCUACUAUACAAACCUCACUGGAGCGAAUCUUAAAUAUAUGGGCAGUGAGACAUCCUGCGAGCGGUUACGUCCAGGGAAUCAAUGACUUGGCGACGCCUUUCCUCGUGGUGUUUCUCUCGGAGCAUUUUGAAGGAGAGAUGGAAACCUGGGACUUGUCGAAGCUUUCGCCGGAGAAGCUUACGCAAGUUGAAGCAGACAGCUACUGGUGUCUCUCCAAGCUGCUCGACAGAAUCCAGGAUCAUUACACUUUUGCACAACCUGGAAUCCAGCGGCUUGUCUUUAAGCUGAAGGAGCUGGUUCGACGAAUUGAUGAACCGGUAGCCAGGCAUGUCGAAGAGCAGGGGCUGGACUUUUUGCAGUUCGCGUUUCGGUGGUUUAAUUGCCUCUUGAUAAGAGAGGUUCCAUUCUCAUUGGUUUCUAGACUGUGGGAUACUUAUCUAGCCGAGGGCGACGCUUUUCCAGAGUACCUUGUAUAUGCAUGUGCCAGCUUCUUAUUGACGUGGACCGACCAGCUCCAGCAGCUAGAUUUCCAGGAGAUGGUGCUUUUCUUGCAGCACUUACCAACGAAGAGAUGGACUCACCAAGAGCUGGAGAUGGUGCUGUCGCGAGCUUUCAUGUGGAGAGUUAUGUUCGACCGCUCCCCAAGUCACUUAAACUCGGGCUAAGUCGAUGGAUCGAUUCAAAGCGCUGGCUGCUAUCUAAGAAGAGAGCGAAUGAAAGAGAAAGAAGAACCAGGGAGUUCUAGAAAAGUAAGCUUUGCAAUUUAUUCGAUUCCAAUGUACAGUCGGCAUCACUCC